AGUGUAAAGUUAUAACCUUUGUGCCAGAACGCAGUUGAGUUUUCCCCUGAUAUUCCGCGACAUCAAUAAAAAACAAUGCAGCGUGCGACAUUCAUUUUCUCCAGGAGAAUGGCAUCUCUGAGCCAAGCUAGAAUGUCCGGCGAGGCAGGAUCUGGUGCAGGGAAGGGUGGCGGUGGUGGUGGUGCCAUCCGCAGCGCUGGGGGCUCCUUUGGAAAGAUGGAAGCUGCACAUGAGGACCAGUACUUCUACAAUCAGCAAAAGGAACAACUGAAGAACUUGAGGGAGGGCCUCCACGAUGAGAUUUCCUUUCACGAGGAGCAAAUAAAACGCCACCAGGAAGCCAUCAAUCGCCACAAGAAGAGAAUCGACGAGAUGGAACACAAGUGAAGGGAUCAAACGUUCAGUUCGUUCUGAGCUCGGCGACAUGCGCGAGGAGUGUCUCUAUCAUUAGAGUUACAACGUCAUUUAACCAUAGCAUGCAUCCUGAGCACCAAAUUGUGGCUAAUUUUUUUCUUUUUUUUAUCAUACGAAUGUGUUGUUACAGUGUAGGAAUAAAUUUUUGAUUUUGAAGAAGUGAAA